GACCCCAACAAACAGGUCGUUCCGGACUACACGCUAGAAGAGCAUCAGCCGGCCAGGCAGCAACUUAUAGCAGAAGGUUUCACAGACGACCAGGCCGCCCGUUCACUGACGUCACUUUGGACUUUAACUAACAAUGCAGCAAAAGAACGUUGGGCCACCAGGCAACAAAGGCUAGAAGCCAUACGACAACAAGACAAGCAAGACAAGCAAGACAAAGAGGACCGUCAACAAGCUCUGAAGGAUGAAGAAGAGGCAGUGCGCCUUGAAGAACAGAAAAAGAACAAGAGCAAGUAUGCGCCUAUCAAGCGUGGAAAGGUUCCAUCCGACCCCAGCAUCAUACCUGCUGCCUAUGCCAUCAGGAAGAUGAAGGUGGGCGAUUUCUGCGAGCUACACUACUUUCGAAAUCGGGGAUGUUUGAGUGACGCCAAAGCAGCAGUGCUUAUAGCAGAGCCCGAAGCACUCGUUAUGCUACCAGAAGCCAAUGGAGCUCACACUUGGGUCCCAGCAGCCGCUGUAAGAGACCCUAAAGCAUCCGCCGUUGUGAGAGACGAGAACCUCUCCUGGGAGGAGUUCAACGAAGCUGCCUCUCGCAUGAUCAGCAUGAUG